UCCAGAUGGUGGCUUGUUUGUUUAAAGAUAGUUUUCGCAUCACGCUCAAGGUUGCCUGCCGCCGCUUCUUCCUCGGGUUGGGUGGAGAUCUGAGGCUGCCUGCCACUGAAUCAAGAAGUCUCUCCAGGAAGGGCCACCCUUUAUGUGGCAAAACAAGAAUCGCCCUAGAGGAUGGUCUUGGUGGAAGCUCUGCAUUGGAGGUGUCUUGGAUAAGAGGCCCUGUGGACACUGGGUGAAGCCAGCUUUUUGGACUGAUCUGGAGUCAUCCGGAGAGGUAGAAGCAGGACCUGUGUCUUGCCACUGCGAGGAUUUCAGGGACAAUCAGAUUUCUCUCAGGAAGAUCUCUACUAGAAAGGAACAGGCUACAGGCAAGGGUGAAAAUGGAAAGCAGAAAUCAUGUAGGGGGAUCAGAAAAGAGAGUUGAGAGACCAGGAAAUGUCCACCAUGAAUGGAAGAUGGAUUAUUCACGGUGGACAACAUCGGAAUGGGAACAGUGCAACAGGCUUCAACAACGCUGGGAGGGUCAAUGGCAGGACCUUGCAAAGACACUCCAGCCCCCUUGUUUGGGACUGAGGAACUCACUGCCACUGGAGCACGAACCGUGGGAUGACACCAACGCCUUCUUGGCCUCCUUCGAGCAAGUUGCAAGAGCUUGCCAAUGGCCCAGGGAAGAGUGGGCGGCCCGGCUUCUACCGGCCCUCAGCGGAGAAGCCCAGCAAGCCUUUGGCCGUCUGGAAGCCAGAGAUAGGGAGGAUUAUGGGAAAGUGAAAGCGGCCAUCUUGCGUGGGGAAGCCAACCGCAUGGAAACCCUGCGCCAGCACUUCAGGCAAUUCCGCUCUCAAGAGAUGGAAGACCCACGCCGGAUCUACAGCCAGCUGCAGGAGCUUUGCUGUCAGUGGCUGAGGCCGGAAAGGCACUCGAAGGAGCAGAUCUUGGAGUUGCUGAUCCUGGAGCAGUUUCUGGCCAUCCUGCCACCGGAGCUGCAGAGCUGGAUCAAGGCCAGCAGCCCCGAGAACUGCACCCAAGCUGCGGCCCUGGCUGAAGAUUUCCUGCUGAGCCACCAAGGGGCCGACAUGGGGGCAUGGCCGGUGCCGCUGCAAGAGAAGGCCGUGAAUUCCCUGGAGACACAAGGCACUCCACUGAUUUUCUCCCAGAGACAGAUCCAGGGUGAGAUGAAUGAUGUGGAAAUUGGUUCCACAGAUAUGACAACGGCAGCUUUAUGUGUGAUGUUCCAUUCUCAGAUUCACAUUCUUCCGUGUCCUUUUUCUCUGGCUGCUCCCAUGUUCUACAGUAGCCAACUGGAGGAAAAGAGCGGACUGAAAUGUGUCACUGUGUUUUGA